GUAACAUAACGUACGUUUUAGUAUGUCUUAAAUUUAAUUGUUAUUUAUGCGAUAUUUUAGCUAAUCUAAUUGUGAAAAAACAACGAAAACUGACGUGCGAAACUUACACUUUGUCUUGUUUGCAAGAUUGCAACUUGUGGAUUAGUGAUAUUUGCUGUUUGAACACAUUAAGAUUGUAAGACAAUGGCAGCACAGUAUAGACCAUACCGAGAUGAAGAUGGCAUAGAAAAUGAACAGAUAGAUUGGGGUGAUCAAGAAGCUGGUACAGUUCAAAUCUAUGAGAAAACUUCUAAUAGUCGAAUUGUUUCAAACAGGCAUCUAGUUAUUGGUGGAGUGGGAGUGGCCUUGCUUGGUGCACUUAUGGGGUUGCUUGUUGGUUACUUUGCUCAUUCUGAACAUAUUAAUUGUAAACCAAGUCUUGCUGUUGCUUUAUAUUCUGUGAAGGAUGAGGACCCAACUAUCAGAUCCAAAAUCCUAGAUAUGGUGGAUCCCAAAAAUAUCAAAGCUAAUUUGAGGAUGUUUAGUGACAGACCUCAUGUGGCUGGGAGCGAGACAGACCAGGAGCUAGCAUUGUACAUUAAGAGUCUUUGGGAAACUCAGAAGCUUGAAAAUGUGAAAAAAGUGAGCUAUAAUGUAUUGCUGUCCUUUCCCAAUGCAAGCAGUCCAAACAAAGUUAAUGUGCUUAAUGAAGAUGGCAGUGUUCUCUUUUCUUCUAAUAUUUCAUUUGAAAAACAUGGAGUUUCACCAUAUGUUGCCUACUCUCCAAGUGGAAAUGUCACGGGUGAUAUGGUUUAUUGCCAAAACUGUUUGGAAGAUGACCUGAGAUUCCUUCAAGAGUCAAAAAAUAUCAACUUAAGUGAAAAGAUUCUCAUUGCUCAGAUAAAACCUGGACAAUUAGUUGAUCAGGUUCAGACUGCUGAAAAGUACAACAUAGCAGGACUGAUUCUGUACCCAGAUCCCAAAUUAUACAAUCCACCCUUAUUAGGAGGAAAGUCAUAUCCAGACACGUUGUGGCUUCCAGCUGAUGGAAUUCCUCAUUUCUCGUUACUACAAAAUGGUGUUGGUGAUCUACUAACUCCAGGCUACCCAGCCUCAGAAACAGCCUACAGAAUUGAGCAGGACCAGUUAAAACUACCAAAAAUUAUAAUCCAGACUUUGAGCUAUGGAGAUGCAUACCACUUAAUUAGUUCUCUGGCCGGAGAAGAUGCUCCAGAGUCAUGGCAAGGAGGGUUCAACUUCACCUACAAGCUUGGGCCAGGUUUCUUGAAUAACAAGACAAAGGUAUAUAUGGAAGUGAACAAUCAACAAGUGAAGAAAAAGAUUAGUAAUGUUCUGGGUUACAUCACAGGAAAAGUAGAGCCUGAUCGGUAUGUCAUAAUUGGGAACCAACGGGAUGCUUGGAUUAGAGGAGCUGUGGGUGCUUCAGGAGGAACAGCUGUACUUAUGGAAUUAUCACGCGUGUUUGGACAGUUACUUCAGGAAGGUUGGCGACCUCGAAGAACAAUCAUUUUCUGUAGUUGGGGAGCAGAAGAAUUCAAUAUGAUUGGUUCAACAGAAUGGAUUGAGGAAAAUUUGAAAAUUCUUCACAGUAGAGCAGUUGCUUAUAUUAAUGCUGGAAUUGUUGUCACAGGUAAUUCCUCCAUCUCAGUGAUGGCAUCUCCUCUUCUCUACCAUGCUAUUUAUAAUUCUACCAAAGAGGUACCAAAUCCAAAUGAAGAAGAAAAACAGAUAGGAAUUGAAACAGUUUAUGAGAACUGGAAAGAGACUUUUCCAGUAUCAAGAAACAUUUCCUUUCCAUUGUAUCAUCUUCUAUUUAUACAAGAGCAACAUAGUGAAUUAGGACUUUUAGGGAACUACAUAUCUUCAGCAAAGUUAACAGUUCGUCCCAGAGUAAAGAACUUUGAUACUAAAGGAGGUUAUUCACCUUUUGUGACCCGUGCUGGAAUUCCAGCAGUAGAUGUAUCGUACGUGCAUGAUGCUAUGCCUGUAUCUUAUCCUCUUAUUCACUCCAAGUAUGAUAUGCUUGAAGUAGUUGAAAAUAUUAUAGAUCCAACAUUCAAGUAUCAUGCAACUGUGACAAAAGUACUUGGAGAACUGCUAAGAGAUCUUGCUGACUCUCUUUUUAUCCCAUUCAACCUGCUGGAAUAUGCUGAAUUUCUUUCAGGUUGUUCCAUUUCAUUAAGGAAGAUUUCAGUCAACAUAGAAAAGAAGGAAUUCCAACAAAGAUAUGUAAGCUAUCUAGACACUUUGGAUACGGUAAUUGAUGAAUUUGGUGAAGCUGCUUACAAGUUCCACAACAGCCAAGAACAUCUAGAUUUGUCUGAUCCCAUGGCAAUUCGUCGUAUAAAUGAUCAGCUACUGCUUUUAGAACGGGCUUUUCUUGACUCUCGUGGACUGCCACGUAACUUCUUUAAGAAGCACUUGGUACUUUCACCAAGUGAAGCAGAAAUCCACCAUGAGACCCUCUUUCCUGGCCUAGAGGAUGAGCUGGCAGAAUUAAUUAAUAACAAUGACCAAAAUACCUCAUUUAGUCUGCUAGAACAGCAUUUUCCUAUUCUCAUUUUUGCCAUUCAGACUGCUACAACCAUUAUCUCAGCAGUUGUGUAACAGUUAGUUUUGUGGUCAUUCUGAAUUCCUACCUCUGUGAUGUCAAACAUGAAUGGUUAGAUUAGAAACAAUUGGUCUAUACAACAUUAGAAGAUAAAAUUUGUGUGUGAAAAAAGGUCUGAUUUAACCAAAGCUGAUUUACACGUUCAUUCUUAUAAACUUUUUUUAUUGUAUUUUACUGAAGUUCAUCUCAAUAAUUAGGUGUAGUAUGUGGUACUGAAAAUCUAAUCUCCAGAUAUUAACAUCAUCAUAUUGCUUUCCUUGUCCUUGAGAACUAUUUUGGCAUAAUAUAUAGCUUUCUUGUAGCUUGUGUAGAUAAAAUAUCAGACUUGCGAAUUUUAAAUCAAAUAUCUGAAAUAGUAUUUACAGUCAGUGUUUUAAACCUAAUCAGAUAUCGAAAAUAUGUUUAGUGUGUCACUUUUAAAGUAGCUCUUUAUUAAACAUAAUGAUUUAGACCUUUCAAUAUGUUAGAAAUAUUUUUAUUGAUAAUAUUAGAAGGCAUUCCGGAUUUCUGUAUAUUGUUGCUCGGUAUAAAACACUUUCAAGUUUGGCCAAGUUUUUGCACCUAAAUUUUAAAAAAAAAUCCGAUACGGUACCUUUCAUCUUCUCACAAGACUGGCUUUUCAUAUUUUGUGCUGCCCUCUAUAUGCGAACUGUUUUAAAAACGUAUGCCACAAGCCUUCCACAUCCCUCUGUUGGAAUCCAAACUUCCAACAUGUCUCUCAUGUGAAUUAUCAUGCAUUGACUCUCCAUCAAUAGGAGAGCACUACUAUCAUGUGACUCCCUCUAUGCGCCAUUACCAAACUAUUACUUCGAAGAUUGGCAGUGCUUUAGAGCAGAUGUCUUUGUUUAGUCCACUGAUUACCCUCGAAGUGGUUUAAUUUUAUUUAAAUUAGUUCAACUUCAUUUAAUUUCAUUUCACUUUUAUUUGAGAGCACUUGCCAUACAUUUUUUGCUUGUUUAGUAUCUAACCUGAAUUCCGAGGUCACUGUUACCAUUUUGGUGCAUAUCACUCGUCUGUUACUGCACUUUCGGUCACAGGCGUGGGCGACUUGUAGGGGGAUUUUUCAGCCUUUGUUUGCGGGGAGAUGGAGAAUUAUAUGGAAUGCACAUUGUCUCCUGUUCAUGGCCGCCUUCUUCCUGUACUUUUCGACCUUUUACAGGCACAGGCUGAUGAAUCCCCCCCUACCUUCCUGAGGAUUCUGUUCAGUCCUUGUCAGCUUUCUCGGAGAUUAUAUCUCAGGUAUGUGAUGUUUUAUCUGUUGCCAUAGUUAUUUUGAUCCAUGUCCUUCCUUAUUUCUACCUCUCUACCUUGUUUUCCACCCAUCCCCUUAUGUUUGGGUUUACAAUGUACUUUUCUGCCCUAUUGGCAUUCCCAGUUUCCUGCGGGCUUUGGGUCAGUCCACUCUUGCGACUUUUAGGGCGAGCUCCAAAAUUCUGGACCACCAGUUGUGGGUUCAGUUUUACCUGUUUGGGGGGAACGGGUUCCAAUUUUCUUGUUCAUCCUACCUAUGCCCCGUUUUUGCCUUGGCCUUCCUUUGACACUCUUUGUAAUACCUCAUCUCACUCCUCUUUCUGUCUGAGGCCCUUCAGGAACCCUGUGGGGUUUUCUGGGAACAUCCUCACCCUCUUCCCUUCCACUAUCGGCCGUGUUAUCUUCGGCUCUGGCCGUACACACGUGGUUCACUUCUCUAUAUUUUCACGGACACGUCACCCGGCUUCGUAUAUACGGGACCUUCUUAUGGCCCUAUUUUUAUGAUGUUUCUAAUGUGACACGAUUACUGUGUCCUUGGAGUUGUGGUUGACUUCUGUCCUAUAGUGAUCCACCUUUCACAUCAAGUGCCCGUUAGUCUCCGUCAGAGCUGGAUGUGGCUCCAAAUCCUGUUUCCCGACCCUACCCUUCACAGCCCUGCCUGUCCUAGCUUCCUGUGGUACCGCAGUUCGCCUUUUUUUGCCACGAUACCUGAUAUGCAGGCAAUGGUUCCGGUGACUGCCUGAUGAGUUCGGGACUGGGGGUAGCUUAUCUGGCGAUUUGCGUUCAUCAGAGCAGCCUUUUCCUUUCCAAAGUUUGUGUUCAUGAUGUUCUAUCAGAGGAUUUCGUCAUACCCUUUACCCCUAUGGUUUCUUUCCUCCUCUUCGGAAUCACUGGUCAAGCCAGUGUAUUCCGAGGCAGUACCCAACCUCUUCACCCAACAGGUUGUCGUACCUGUUCUGUAUGGUUUUUACUUUCGUCAUGGGUUAAUAUACCUUUUUAGUGCCCUGCUCUUUGGUCUAGCUUUUGCCAUGUAUAUUUUUGUCAAGUGGUUUUGAUCCAUUCCAACAAUUCUACAGUGGUGGCUUAUAUCAAUCACCAAGGUGACACCUAGUCAAAAUCACUGUGUUUUUGCACAAUGGUUCUUCUCUAUUGGGCUCACUACCAUCACAUUUGUUUGAUGGCAUGUCAUAUUCUUGGUGGUGGAUUGUCUUUCCCAACUGGAUCGGGUUUAUCUUUACAUCCUGCUGUUUUUUGGUGAUGCUAUCAUCCUUUGGGUACUCCCCAUAUCAAUGCAUUUGCCACUGCCCUCUCUCACCAAUUACUUCAGUUUUGGUCCCUAGUUCCCCAUCUUUGGCAAUAGAUAGAUGCCUUCAGCCAGGAUAGGUCUCACCUGUUUCUUUCUGUUUAUCCUCCUAUCCAAUUACUUCAUUGGGUAGUCUCCCUCCUCCAUGCCACCCUGUGAUGAGGCUUUCUAAUUACUCCUUAGUGGCUGCUAAACCAUGGUUCUCUUGGUUCCUUCGGCUCCAGGUGAUCCCUCCCAUCCCUCUUCCUUUAAUUCCAGACCUGUUACCUCGACCCCAGUCGCUGGUUCUACAUCCCACACCUCCUAUCCUCCGUCUUCAUGCAUGACUUUUGUUCAGUCCCUGGUAAGGAGUUCCAGAUUCUCUUGCCGAGUAGCUUUUCAUUUAAUCUGUUCCAUUCAUCCUUCUUCCUUGGCUUUUUACCAAUGGAAGUGGAGUGUUUUUCACUCCUGGGCUUUGUUUUGGGAUUUCCCGGCUUCUCAGUCUACAGUUGCAGGUAUCUCCGAAUUCCUUACUUGGCUCUUUGAGAGGAGUUCAUCCGUCUCCUCGAUUUUGGAUUUCCAGGCAGCCUUAUUCCAUACUUUCCAUUUUUUCCUUACUUUACAUCCAUUCAAACCCAUUUCUUCUGUUACUUGUUUCACCUCUCCCUUAAGGCAUAUUUCCUCCUCCUAUUGGCUUGUGAAUAUCGUGAAUUGAAUAUUUUUGCUCUCAACAUCACCAGGACAUUGUAUAAUUAAACCUACUUCAUACUUUAUCCAGAUCGUGCAUUCCUUCCCCAGACCCUUCCCUCUAUCUCUCAUUUCUACCCUCCCUCCAUUAUUAUAUUAUAUGCACGGCUUCCUUCUAGGGUUCUCAUUCCCGCCUCUUUAUCCCAUGGCAAACUUCCUCUUCCUGUAAUCUUUUCCCUGUUACCCUGACCAGUUGGCUUAUUCCUUCUUCUCCCUCUCCUAGCAUGAUCUCUUUCUAUCAAAUCUGACACCUUACCUUCUCCCUUGGUUAUCAUCUUCUUCGGCCAUUGGAGGAGAUUCUACAGUCAGGCAUGUGUACGACUUCGCACACGUUCAUCACCCAAUAUUUACACCACAUCGCAAUUUCUACUUCCUCGGGGUAUCGGCCGCUGCCUUUGGCUAUUCUACAUACUUCGUUGCGGCUUUGACACGAUGUAAGCCCUUUCUUAUGCUUUUCUUUCUUUUAGAGGCUAUUGCUUCAACUUCACUUUGAAUCCCACUCUGUGGUGAGUGAUGCCUGACCAGGUAUUCUUUCUGAACACUGAAUGGGUUCUUCAUACUUCGGCACGGCUUUGACACGAUGUAAACCCUUUCUUAUGCUUUUCUUUCUUUUAGAGGCUAUUGCUUCAACUUCACUUUGAAUCCCGCUCUGUGGUGAGUGAUGCCUGACCAGGUAUUGUUUCUGAACACUGAAUGGGUUCUAAUUAGAUGGCUAUAGCCAUUGUCAGUGAUAUUUAUACUCUCUCAUUCCCAGAGGUAUCCCUCGAUUGCUUUUGGGGGAUACACCUGUUCUUUCCUCGCACCGGUUCCUCCUCCUUUUCAAUGUGAGAUUCAAGCUAAUCUCAUGAGUGGAGGGAAGGUAGUGUGUCGGAAGUUAUAAUUUCCCUAUAUUUCAUAAAUUUUCCCACAAUCUUCUCGUGCUCAUGUCUUCUGCCAAACUUCGAAGUGAUAGUUCAGUAGUGGUGCAUAGAGGGAGUCACCUGCAUCACAUGAUAGUAAUGUUCUCCUAUUGGUGGACUGUUGACGCAUGAUGACUCGCAUGAGAGACAUGUUAGAACUUUAGAUUCCAACAGAGAGAUGUGGAAGGCUUGUGGCAUGUGUUUUGAAAAAAGUUUGCAUAUAGAGGGGAGCAGAAAAUGGGAAAAGCUAAUCUUAUGAGUAGAGGGAAGUACCUAUUAGAAAUACAUUUUCAUAUAAGAAAAUUAUAACUUUAGGCUUGCAUAUCCAUUUACUAAUAUUCAGUACUUGGACUUCACAGUUCAUGAAUGUCAGGUAUGUAUUCAAUAAAUCACUUGCUUACAAAUAUCAGUUCCAGUAUAUCAUCAUAGUUUUUGUGUCAAAUAGGUUCAAUAAAAGUCGUAGCUUGUGAAACAAAUUCUAUAAACCAUUACAUAUCUUGACUGUUAAAAAAGAUUCAAUAAACCAUUACAUAUCUUGACUGUUAAAAAAGAUUCAAUAAACCAUUACAUAUCUUGAUUGUUAAAAAAGAUUCAAUAAACCAUUACAUAUCUUGAUUGUUAAACAGAGAUUCAAUAAACCAUCACAUUUCUUGAUUGGUAGAGAAAGAUUCAACAGUCAUAACAAUGUUGACUGUUAAAGACAGAUUCAUUAAAUUCUCAUAGAAUGUUAUUGAAGCUGUAACAUACAUUUAUUAGCUGAAGACUGAGUUAAUGGAAAAUGUGGAGUAUGUCUGAUUUCUCUGUUUUUUCAUACAUUACAUCUCCAAGAAAGUUAUAGCAAUAAACUUGUCAGCAGAUACUAUGUAACCUCAUGACAUUCAUACAAUUUUGUUGCAUGACAGUUCCAGUAAGAUAUAUGUUAUGUGAAAUUGUUUAAUACUUUAAAUCACCUUAGAUUAUAUUGUUUUCAGAGUAACCUUUAGAUAAUUUUGUUUGUUUCUGAGUCUAUCAAAUUUUCACAAGAACUGUAUGUGUAAUAUGAAAUUAUAUUAAGGUUUUUAAAUUAUUUUGAAUAUGUAGUGAUUUUGCAUGGAUAUUUAUAAAUAAACAUCUCAAAAUUGUAUCAUGGUUCACUGGGAAAACUGGUCUUAAACUAAAACUAAAGUUUCUCUCACCAGUAGAAACAAAUGUAAUGUUAAACUUACAAUAAGAUAAAAUACUAUUAUUUUUAUAUCAACAAUUACUGCAUGUUAUGUAUAGUAAAACUUGUAUCUGUUACAAAAAGAGUAUCUAUAUUUUUCAUGAUUUGCAAUACUAAGUCUUUAGAAUCACUUUUUGUAGUAACUUGUGGAAAUGAUUGGUCUGUAUAGGUGAUGUCUGUUAUUGAUAGUGUUUGACAACAGUUUGAUCAUAAUUGAUUUAGUUCAAGGUGUGUCCAUCAUGUUAUUCAAGAAACAUAAUUGUUUCCUUUACAAGUGCACCUGUUGAAAUAUAUUUACAGUCAAGUUAAGAAUUAAAAAUAGUUUAACAUGUUUUUUUAUACAGACAUGAAGUAUAUUUUUCAUCAAGAAAGAAACAAAAUAUUUUUGUAUUUAAAAAUUAUCAGUUAGUGUUUAGGUAUUUGCUCUGUAGAAUGUAAGACAUUUGUAAGGGGUUUUAUAAGAUAUGGUAAAGAAACUGACAAAAUAUACUGAUAUAGAUAAGUAUAUGUAUAUGAAGGAUAAGACAUAGUAAAUAGCUAACAGUUGAAGUAUAAAAUUUGUGGAAAAUGAGAAUGUUUACUCUGAACAUAGUUUGCUUAGAAAGUAUAAUGUAAACAGAUUUCAGUGACAUGUUAGUAAAUGAACAGUGACGUUUUUGUAUAAUUUCUUUUUACAGUUGUUUUGUGCUCUUCAAAACUGAUGUAAUUUUGAAAAACAGGUUUAAGUUGAUGAAAGUCAUCCUUAAUUUACAAAACGUUUAGCAGAAAGGCUUAUAAAUCAAAAUCUGUGGCUCCACAAAAGCAUUUUAGUAUUUCAGAUAUCUGUCUUUAAAAAAAUAUAAAGUUGAACUUGAAUGAUGGGUAUCAACUAUGAAGAGAAAAUUAUAGACUUUCUUGAAAAACAUGCAUGUAAAUGGAUACAUCAAAUGUUUCUUGCAUAGCAUUUGAAACCUAAAUGAUAGAGGGCAAUUUAACACAUUAGAAAAGAUAUAAUCUUUUUAGUUGAAUUUGUUUUUCAUAUUGUUUUAAGUUCAAUGCUUUUCAAAAAAUUUUGUUUGGUCUUUGAAAAACCUUGUAUUAAAAAUUAAUAAUAGUACUGUUUUGAAAAUAGUAUUUAUUCAACCUGUAUAAUCCAGUUCUUAUACUCUGCUGAUAUCCAAUUCUUCAUUAACUCCUAAAUGCAAUGUACCUUAAAUUUUUUGAACCAAAACUUCAGGUGUCACUGUGAAUUGUAUGUGAAUUUCACUGAAAAUCUAAUAGGAAGCUAUUGCUAUGUUUAGAAAUUGUUUUGUAGUAAAUUAUCUAGAAAAAGCUAACAAUCUUAGGUAAGUAUUUACAUUUCACAUAUGAGUUUGACAGUGCCUUUUUUUAAUUGUUGUUGUUUUUUUUUUAAUAAUUUUUUUCCCUUCAUUUGUUAAAUAAACAUCCAUAAGAAAAGUCUGCACAAAUUCUGCUGUGACCACAGUUCUGAUUGAAUGGUGUGAGUCAGACCAAGAAAUUUUAUAAUAGUGAGUUCAGAUCUUAAUGAAUCAACUGAAGAGUGGAAAAUAUAAUGACUGGGUUAUUUGGGUAUUUAUAGAUAUAUGAUUUUUGAUCUUUGAUAGAGUAGUUAUUGAUGUUCCAUGAUGGAAACUGACAACAGUGUUUGCUCAAUACAAAUUUAUGAGUUGUUUGUUUUUCCAACCCAAUUUUGUGAGAGCUAACAUUUUGAGAACACUUUUCAUAGAUGAAUUAUUUGUAUUGUGAUAGUUUAUUAACUUUUUUUGUCUUUUCUAUUUGGUAAAAGUGUACUAUUUUUUCCUGUCUGCAUGUGUCAUUGAUUUGAAAGUGAAAAAGUGUAGCAAAGCUAUUGUACUAAAAUACUAUAUUUGAUGUGAACAUAUGUUAUUUUUGUUACAUAACUUACUGAUGAUACUGUUUUAUCAUGUGAGUAAUUUUCAUUUUGUUGUUGGAUUAUACCACAUACUUAUAUUACUAAAAAAAAGCUGAACUAGUUUUUUGCCAGUUAUGAUGGCUUGAAAAUACUUUGUGGUCAAAACUUACCAAAAAAUAGUAACAUAAAGUGAUCAGAAAAUUGAUUGCUAUUGUUAAGGGUAAAAAAUGUCAUUUUGUAAAUUACUAAACUGAAAAUUUGUUUUAAAGAGUUUAAAAAUAGAUGCAACUUUAACUAUGGAACCAUAGCUGAUUGGAAACAUAAUAGAACUUGGUGCAUUUUGGACAAAAGUGGCCUAAGGAAGUAAAAUGUAAUUGUAUUUUUACUGUAUUUUCACAAUUGAGUAUUUUUUUGACUGUUCACUUUCUUAUCUUGUUCAUUUAAUUUAUCCAUAUUUACCUGUGUAUAUCCAGAUUCAUUUGAAAAGUAAUUUUUAACUAUACUCACUGUCAUAUAUAUGUAGUUUUAAUAUUUAGGAAAGAAAACUCUUUAAUGAAGUAAUCUAUAAGUUACACACUUAAGUUUGUGUUAUGUACAUGUAUGCAUUGGAUGUUUGUUAUAUGACCAGAAACAGCAAUAAUCUGAUACAACAACAAAAAUUUGGACUGUAUCUGCAAAAAAAAUAAAAAAAUAUUCAAUAUCAA